CAGCAUGUGGGAUCUUCCCGGACCAGGACUCGAACCCGUGUCCCCUGCAUUGGCAGGCGGAUUCCCCACCAGGGAAGCCCUGGAGACACUUUUUGUGCAACAACUGGAUGGAGCUCCUGGCAUCUAGUGGAUAGAGGCCAGGGAUGCUAUUAAGGAUCCUACAAUGCACAGGCAGCUCCCUGCACCAAAGAAUUAUCCGGCCCCAAAUGUCAGUAGUGCCAGUGUGGAGAAAGCCUGCUCUAAGGGGAUCAGAUUCCAUCUUUUGCUCCUGUACUUUGUAAUGGCCUUUGCAAUUCCAGGUAACCUCAUAUUUGGUUCCUUUCCGAAUCAACCCUCUUGCUAUUGAAGAAACAGGAGUUUAAUUCGCUAAAUUGUGCUGAAGUUAUUGACCGAUCUUCAAAUAAACAGUGGUGACCUAACUAGUGUAUGAGGGUUCAUUUAGAGAAGCAGAGCCACUAGGAUUAUAUAGUCUGCCACUCUGUCCACCUGUCUAAUCUACAUGUGGGAUUCAUUACAGGGCUUUGACCUUGCUCAAGUGUGGCAGCCGGUACAGUCUCUGGAAGGUUAUCUUCAUGUCUGGUGGUAGAGCUAGAAAUCCAUAGGGCAGGCAGUGGGAAGGGAAGAUGGAUAAUAAGUGAGGGGAGGGGGAGCAAGGAUGAGCUGGAGCCCAUGAGGAUGGACUGGAACCCCUGCCAGUUCUCACCGCCCCCAACCUGAGGAAGUGGAUGACCUGCAGGGGAAGCUCACUGGUGGCCUUUGUCACACAGCUGAACACACCCCUGGCCCAGGAGUUGAGAAGCUACAGGAGGAUCCCAGGGAAGGUAUAGCAGUUGCGGGCCCAACUGCUGCCCCACAGCAACAGCGCCGCCCGCAGACAGUGAAAGUGCCUGCCCAGCCUCGCAAGCACAAACGGCUGCUGCACUUCCACCUCCAGAUCCGCACGAAACCUCUCCUGUGGUGGCACACCCUAACUGGAAACAGACAGGGAAGGGAAUGCUGGAAAAUGUAGUUCAGCCUAGCCAACUCGAUGUGUUACAACGCCACAAGCAGCAGAUCCCCAUUUUUGAGAAUGCGAGAUGCUGGUUUGGAGAUGGACAUGCUAGAGGACCUUGAGACACUGCAGUUUGAGUAUGGGAUUCAAGAGGAAGACCACAGCUGGCUGUAUUUGCUGGGCCGUUCUCAUGGGCUGAUGACCAAGGCCUGUGCCCAUGCAACCUUCUUCUGCAAGCUACUCCAUAAUUUGAGAAAAUCAUUACAGAAGAAGCAAACUUCUAGAUGUCGCUUGGCUGGAUUGCGUGAAGAUACUCCUGAUGACGAUGCGUUAAAGGUGGGCAUCAUUGGAGGUGGCCACCUUGGGAAGCAGCUGGCUCAUACACUGCUUCAGCUUGUCCCCAUCCCAGCUGGCAGCCUGAGGAUCUCCACUCGGGGGCCAGAAGCCCUGGAUGAAUUCAAGAAACUGGGGAUCCAGUGCUUUUACCAUAACUCUUCUCUGGUGGAGUGGGCCAACGUGAUAUUCCUCUGCUGCCUGCCAUCUCAGCUGUCUAAUAUCUGUGUAGAAAUUCAAACCAGCCUUGGAAAAGCCUGCAUUGUGUACAGCUUUGUGGCUGCCGUCCCACUACCCAGGUUGAAACUCCUACUGAACCACACCAAUGUCUUGUGACCUCAGUAUCAGUGUGUUGAAGAUCUUGCCAGCAUCUGGGGGGCCAAUAAGGAAAUCACAGCUGCUCUCCAAGACCCUGUGAUUCUUCAGGCUACCUGUCCCUACAGUCCUACUGGGGGGAUAAUCCUCAAUAUCCGGUGGUUGGAGGGAGUGUUCUAUGCAGGAACCUGCACAGGAAAGGACAUGCCCCGCUCACAGGCGCUGCGCCUUCUCAAUGAACUGUUCCUCUCCAAGCACUUUGAAGCCUGUGAGAAAGAUAGAGCGUCUUUCCAAAAAUUUCAAGCACAAGAUUUUGUCAGCAAAGCCUAUGCCAAGAACCUGUCUCGGAAAAGGCCUUUCCCCUGGUUUGAUCUGACUGCUGUGCAACUCAAGGAAACUCCCUUUAGCCAGUAUCUCUCACACAGCACUACUUUUCAGGACAACCUUACCCACCUAUACUGUGAUUCAUUUGGUAUCACCCUAACCAAAGAACAAGAGCCAGAGGUUUCCACAGGUUUUUCAUCCCAAUAAGAGAAGAGACCUCAGGAAUCAGGAUGUUUUUCUCCCUCUACAGUGGUAAUGCCCUGAUUAUCAUAAUUGACAGUGGAAGUCAUGUGACUGUAUGGUGUCUGCCAUAUGUU